AUGACAUCUUCAAACGGUUAUGAACGGCCUCCAUACCAUGAUGAGUCCCUCCAACCAAGCGCAUCACUAAGAACGAUUUCGCCACUCUACAAUACUUCCGGGCAGGAAAAGGCACACAGUGCCUCGAAAUAUGAUGUGAGCGCAGAGGCGUUGCUAAACGCCGCACCUGCAAAAGAGCAGACUACUGUAAAAUAUAGCGAACAACAACCGAACAACUCCGGAAAGCUACACCUCAGAGACUGGUAUUGGGAAUUUAUUGCUGCAAUCUUCAGUACCGCAUGCGUUAUUGCAGUCAUCGUUGUUCUAAGGAAGUAUGAAGGAAAAUCACUAUCUAGUUGGCGCUUCUAUCACGACAUCACGCUCAACACACUGGUUGCCCUGCUCUCGACCCUUUCCAGGACUGCACUCAUAGUCCCAGUUGCAUCAUGCAUCAGCCAGCUCAAAUGGAUACAUCUAGUAAGCUCACCUCGGCCUUUACAUGAGUAUCAGAUUCUCGACGAAGCUAGUCGUGGGCCGUGGGGCUCGCUGACACUUAUUUUCGCCCUCCAUUUCAAAACCAAACUGGCUACGUGGGGUGCCCUUAUCACCAUUGUAUCCCUUACCAUGGGUCCACUGUCGCAACAGCUACUUUCGUAUCCUUCAAGAGAGCAUUUCGAGAGAUCCGGGGCUACCUUUUACCGAAAUCAAGUUUAUGACACUGGCGCGGGAUGGGGUGUAACUGGUGCAUCUGCAAGAACGAUGGAUCCUAAGAUGCAAGGCGCCAUUCUAAACGGUCUAUACAAUCUCAGCGCGCCUAUCCAAGUCCAGUGCCAGACUGGUAACUGUCGGUGGGAGGAAUUCACAACUUUGGCCGUGACGAGCGAGUGUAGAAACGUCACAUCAAGCAGCAAAAUAAAUUGUCAAGUUGCUCGGGGCACUAGAAGCUGCAACUAUACGACACCAUCUGACUUCUUCAUUUCAUCUUAUACAUCCUUUUCAUCGGGCGGUGGCAGUUCAACUGGGUUCAACAGCACCGCCCGUCCACCCCAAACAACCAGCCAACUUGGCGAAGUACUCAAUAGCACCUUAUUGGAAUUCGCCGCCGCAAAGACGUCGCGGCCGUUUAGCGAUGAAAAGCCCGAAAUUACCGAAUGCAGCAUGCGUUGGGUUGCUCGCCUUGUUCAAAACACUACCUUUUCAAAUGGUACCUUUCAUCCUGGCAUCGCUAAAGACUACGAGCUCAUCGGCGUUGAAAACCCUUUCAACAAAAACCCCUGGGUUACCUUCAACGUCUCCGACGAAAAUGAUACAUUUCCCGGGAACAACAGCUUCAGCGUUCUUCCAACCGACAACUCUAGACUUAUGGGAUUUCUUAACAUGGUGUUUUCCUCUUCAAAGAAAGACACUUUCGGCCUAGUUCUGGAAAAUGUUACAGACUUUACGCAGACUAUGGAAAGCAUGAGCAAUAGUAUUACAUAUACUCUUGGUCAAAGUCGAACCGGUAUGGAAUUAGCAGGCGAGGCAAUCACAUUCGAACAGUAUGUGUAUGUCAACUGGGGAUGGAUCAUCUUACCCAUCGUUGAGGUGGCAAUGGGAAUUGCCUUUCUUUUUGCUACAUUGCUGCAGAGCUGGAGGAAAGGGGUAGUGGCAUGGAAAGGCUCGGCUAUCAUACCUCUUGUUACGGAAAUGGAGGGCUGGCGUAGUGGGGAGUAUAGAGCAGGGUCUGCUCGGGAAGCCGAUAAGAUAGCGAGGGGAAUGACAGGCUUGCUGGAGAGUAAGGAGGAUGGUGGUCAGAUAUUCCGACGCGUAUAA